GCCCACAUCAUGAUUGUAGAUUUGUUUGCUUCAACUAUAUCAACAGUCAACACGAGUCCUCUAUAGCCUAGGCUACCACUAGUACUGUAGGCUCUACAGACUACACCGACUUGUUCAUCUUGUGGCUAGCUGUGCGCAUCAGAGCUGUAAAGAGAGACUUGAACUUGAAGUCUGCGUGUUCUUCUUGUUAGCUCUGUAGUGUUGAUCAAUUACAUGUGCGUCGAAAUAUCGAUAGUUCUCCCAGAUUUCUCUGCGUCAUUUGAGAAUUGUGAUUUGCUAAUUCACGAAACAUGUUGAAAGCCUCGUGCUCCGUAUCUGGGAGGAUCAGCCCUUCUUGCUCAACAGCCUCCUCGUCGUGUUCUAGUCCUGAAAGGCAUCCUCAAUGUGCCCCAAUCGUUCUUGUAGAAGGCAAUAUCGGAGCUGGUAAGACUACACUGAUACGUGACUUGGCAGAUGAACUCGGGUUUCGAGUGUUCCUAGAACCCACGUCUAAAAACCCUUACCUCGCUAAAUUCUACGCUGAUCCGAAGAAAUACGCUUUGAAACUACAGUUGUGGAUUUUCCGCCAGCGUUUCUUGAUCUACGUAGCGGCAGUGAAACACGUGCUGCUCAAAGGGCAAGGCGUUCUUCUGGAUCGGUCAGUGUUCAGCGACUGUGUUUUUGCGGAUGUUGGAUUUGAAGAUGGGAACAUAUCCGAUGAAGGCUACCAGUUCUAUAACCAGCUGCGCAAGCUGUGCUUGAGCCGAGUGCCCUCUCCUGACUUGGUACUGUUCUUGGACGCCAGUCCGCAAACUUGCCGCAAUCGCAUUCUUCAACGAGGGCGGGAGUGUGAGACGGGCAUUCCUGUUGCUUAUCUAUCAAGCCUUCACUGUGCUUAUCAGUCAUUCCUCACCAGAAUACAGAAACAAGGUACCGAGGUGCUCACGUGUGACUGGGAGCGCUUCGGUGCACUCUCUCCGAUUGUGUCCAAGGUCCAGGAAAUGCUACCACACUGGUCCUCGUCGAAUCUGUCAGAACUCCUCGCCUUUGUUAACAGUUCUAGCUCUGUCAACAAAUGUAUCGCACUCCCAGACCAUCUCAAGGAUGAGGAUGAGAAGGAAAAUACACCACUAGCAGCAGACAAGCUCCAGGAGACAGAAGAAGAGAGUCACCAGAAGGAACGUGCCAGCAUCCGUGUCCUCGGAGACUCCAAUAAAGUUGCUGCCAGCAGGCCAACACGACGCAUCGGGUCGCUUGUAGCCAGUGCCUAGUUUCGCUGUUUGCGUAUUCCCGUUCGUUUCAUCUGUUUUCCUGACAGGAGAGCUCUUCUACUUCUAGGCCAUCAUUAGAACAGCUAAUUCAUUUCGAUAAAUAGGAUUUCGAGUUUCAAUAUACCGGACAGUCAUUUCCAUGUUUACAAUACAAACAUUCCAGUCGAUGUCCCGUCUACGACGUGUUAUCUAGGUUUAUAGCUUUAGGAAUUUGUCUUUCCCCAGGUCACUGCCACUAGCAAUAUCAGUCAAUUUAAAGUUCUUGUCU